AUGGAAGUCGAUGGGGGUGAUCGUCGUCAAGGGUCUUCGUUAAGUGGCGAUGAAGUUACUCAUGGCCAGGUUUGCAUUCCAAUGAUGGUGACUAUCAAGACACAGAGCGAAAGAAAUAACCUUUUCACCCAUUCCGUAAAUCAUGAGCUGUCUACCUCCACCAUCCCAAUGAUGGUUACAAUGACUGCUGAGAAUGCGAUGAAGCAUAUACUUGAUAUCGAUGAUAUCAUUUCUCUCAGGGGUAUACCUUCCGGAAACGAAGAUGACUUGUGUAACGCUCAGUCUUUCAUUCAAACAAAGAAGACUAAUGCCCAUUGCCCAAGUAAUUCGCGGAGAUUCAUAGCUCAGGGCAAUGCUUCCAAGUCUUUACUCGAGAAAAUGCCUGGCGGAGAAGAUGGUAUCUGCUAUGUUCCUGACAAUGACUUGACGGUGACUGAUGUUAAAAGAAAACAAAAUUUUGGAAAAUCAGACGUGUUUACCGAUCCAAGCAGCUACACGAUUAUGGAUGAACGAGGGUUUCACAGUUGCCCCGGUAUCGCUUGGACUGAAGACGAAACGCGGACAGUUGUCGAGCGAGAGUUGCGCGAAAGAAGCAAACGCUUGGAGUUUAGCUUACAAUUUGGCGAAGAGUACGCGAGAGAAGCUUCGCCGAGAUACGGAACUGUCGCUGGCGAUGUUCCUUCGAAAUAUUCCGUGUCAGAACACGGAUCCAGUGGAACGCCUAUUUUGAUCAUGAUUACGGGCGGACGCAAUCUCGGCGAGGGGGUUAAGUACAUUUUACGAAUUUUCGGCAAAUUCUUCAUUGCUGUUGUGUGA